AUGAGAGAGGAGAGUAGUGAGAAAGAUCUGGGGAUUGAUAUCACACCAAACGUGUCUCUUGAAACCAUCAUCAAAAUGAUAUCAUCAGCGGCGUAUGCCAUGUUGGCCAAGCUGUCUUUAAAAUUUGUUUGGCACUUCAUGCAGCUGGUCGAACCAGUUGCCAAAGUGGCAAGUGAUUGCAAGAGUCAAGUGACACCUGAACUUCGAGUGUCAGAACAUGCUUCAAGGCAAGAGAACUUUGUCAUCUGGUCUGGUGUACGAAUUGACCGAACUACAGGAAGGAGGUAUAUUAACCACUCUCUCUCUCUCUCUCCCCCACCACCAGGGCUGAGCCAUGACCGAGGCUUCGUACUCUUCCGGGCUGGGGAGAUCGCGGAUGAAGGGAUCAAGUCCUUCGCAGAGACGGGCCGCAGCGAUCUCAUCGACCAGCGAGCGCAGGGAGAAAACGGGGUGCUGGAUGCCUUCAACACUCCACCAAUCACAGAGGGCGUUGGUAUGGCCGAAUCCCACUUCUUCGUGGACGGUAACCACUCUAGGGUUUCACUCGUCUCUAAGAUCGUUCCGUCUCCUGACUGGUUCGUGGGUGUCGACAGCUUCGAACUUUGUGAAGAUGGCAACUGGGUCGACAACGUUAAGAUUCAGGUUGACCCCCUGGAUGCAGGUACGGACAACGGGCUGACCUUCACCUCCCCUAAUUGGCCCACCAGCCCAGCCGAGAGGAUCUUCCGCAUCACUGCCAACUACCCCGACCAUCCAGCCCACUCUUUCUACUAUCCUACUCUCCACCACCUGCCCAGGAUAGCUACCUUCACCAUCUCUAAGAUGAAGGAGUACACACUGAGUGCGCGCAUGGAGACUGCUUCCCAUACAUCUUAUGAUGUGGUCAAAAUAGAAGACAUUGCUUACAAACACUUCGGUGAUGAGGCAGCUACAAGCAGCAAAUCUGAUGGAGAACGUAGCAAUGACAGCCCAGACGACAACAGGAUUAAGAAUCGUGUGUCAUAUGUUACUUCAGUUCGUACCUUCACACCACGAGUCACCACAGCUUCAACGACCACCACUUCCGCUGCCACCACACCGAUGCCCACUACCACUGCCAGUCUGUUUCACUCUCAUCAUAGGCAUCAUAGACCCCAGGCAGGUCUCUAUCCAACACCCAGCUGGUCAGAGACAGUGACAGAGCCAGGGGUACACAAUUCUCUGGAGAAUUCCAUUUCUCCUCCAAAAACUGAUGUGCCAUCUUCCAAGAGAGUAUCAGUUAUGAGCAACUCUGUAGAAACAGAUGACGAGACAGAGACAGCAGCAGAAUUAGAGGAUGAGGAGGAUGAAGAUGCUGAAUUGGGAAAGAAAAAGGAUUUGGGCAGCAUUACCCAGAAUCGUAUUCCUUCAGGGAGCGCAAUGGCUGUGAUUGAUGAUAUUGUCAAGAAUUACCAGAAGGAGCAGCGCAAGAAGCGAAGGAAGCAGAGGAGGAAACAGAGAAGGGAAGAGAGGCGGAGACGCAGAAAGGGACUAAAAAAGAUUCGCCCGCCGCGUGACUGCCGUGUGUCUGAGUGGUCAGAGUGGUCUCCAUGCAGCAAAACUUGUGGGAUUGGUGAACAGACAAGGACCCGGACCAUCAUGAAACAUGCCCGUCGGGGAGGAAAGGUUUGCCCAGUCCUUGAUGAAACUACCUGGUGUGGGUCAGCUCGAGCCUGUCCUAGGAACUAUUUCAACUGGUCCUAAGAGGAAUAGUUUAAUCAUCUUGGAGUCCAAGAUGGUCUGGAACAGAGGAAAAGUUUAUUGUAAAUGUUUGAAAUCUGCUGUAGUAUGCUAUUUCCUUUAUAUGGAAUAUCUAGCUCUUUGGUGCAAAGAAAGAAUUCCAUAUACAGUAUUUUACAACAAAAAUACUUUUAUUUAUAUUUUAUUAUAUAAAAUUGUCAUUGUUGUAUUUGGCAUACUGUAGCUGAACUAGUUAUUAAAGGUUCUAUACAUAAUUUUCUUUAUGAAAGCAAGUAAUUAUAUUGGCUUCACAGUAAAGUUUUAUUUACUUGGUAAAUAGAGGUGACUGAUAGCACGUUAAAUUUUGUCAUAAGUCAGAGCGAGACAAUAUAAAAAGUUCACAUGCAAUCAGUCUUACUGGUAACUAAAAUAUAUGGGAAAACUAGAGAAGGAUUACAGAUUAAUGUAGUAUUGUAUAGCAAAAGAUUUUUUAAGUAGGGUCACAGUGUUCAUAGAAUAAGAGCAACCAUUUAUAUAAGCAAAGUUAAAUCCUGUGUACAGUUCAGUAUUUAAACCCUUGAAUGAUCACUACCCGGAGAGUUCAGAAGAUGCCGUGUCAUAACCAAUGUGCACAAGAUAUAACCUGUCAGUCAAGAGUCACAAAGCUACUUUAUGUUGAACUGUACACUCCACCCUAUACAUAAAAUAUCUCGUUUUCUGAGAAAUCUGAUAUAAUUGUAUUAAUGACCUAAUUGUGUAGUAAAAUGAAAUUUGUAUUAUAUAGACCCCUGGCUCUAUUGUCACUAUGUCAU